CGGCAGUCGGCUGGUGGAGAGCGCGGUGGCGCGUGGUCCGUGCGAUCUCCCAUAGGCUGGCUUAAGUCUCACUGGUUGUACUCAAGGUGAACAGGGUGCAAAUAACCCAUUCUUGUCAUCUGGCCAUCAUUCUCAACUGUUAAUUCUCACAUGAUUCCACUCCUUAGUCGUAGAAGAUUUGCCGGCAAAAGGUCCUGGCUGACACUGCUCAAGGUCAGCCUGGCCAUCGUGCUCGUGUUCUACAUCGCGCUGCCGCUGGUCUACCACUUCUUCCCGACGGUGCCGCGCCACCUGGUGUUCCUGCCGUUCUUGCGAUGGCCCCGCGGCGUGAGCUUCACCCAGCCAGAGCUCUCCGGCCUGGCGGCCGCGCGCAACUUCUACGUCACCACCACGGACGGGGUGCGGCUGGGCGUCUGGCACAUCCUGCCGGGUCGGUACGCCUCCUCAGUGUCGGCCGACAUCACUGACCCGGCCGUGUUCGAGAGUCAGCUUAGCUCGGGCGUGCCCAUCAUCUUCUACAACCACGGCAACUCGGGCUCGCGCGCCGGCCCGCACCGCGUCGAGCUGUACAAGGUGCUGCGCCGCAUCGGCUACCACGUGGUCUGCUUCGACUACCGCGGGUACGCCGAUUCGUCGCCGGUGCCGCCCAGCGAGACGGGCGUGGUCGCUGACAGCCGGUUCAUGUACAGCUGGCUGCGUCAGCGGGCCGGCCGCUCGCCCAUCAUCGUCUGGGGCCACUCGCUCGGCACCGGGGUGACGUCACACAUGGUGGCUGACCUGUGUCGGGAAGGCGACCCGCCCACGGCGCUCGUGCUCGAGUCGCCCUUCAACAACAUCCAGGAGGAGGUGUCCAACCACAAGUUGGCCUCCAUCUACCGCAAGAUGCCCGGCUUCCGCUGGCUGAUCCUGGACCCGCUGAUCGCUCACGACAUGGCGUUCGAGAGCGACCGUCACAUCGCUAACGUGACGGUGCCGAUCCUCAUCAUGCACGCCGAGGACGACCUCAUCAUCCCGUACGAGCUGGCCGUCAAGCUGCACCGGGCGGCGCUGCACCACCACCCGGCGGAUCGGAUCACGUUUGAGACGUUCGAAGCGCGUUACCACUACGGGCACAAGUACAUCUGCCGCAGUCCUCGCCUGCCGGAUAUCGUCAGGGACUUCGUCAACAAGAGCAUUCUUUGGCAUAAUCAAUGAAGAGGCCAACAAAUAGUCAUCAGUUUUAUUCCAGUUCACGGGCCUGAUCAACAUUUAACGGUCUUGGUUCCGACCUCCUGCUAGUAUUCCACGAUGCCUCGGUUUAACGGCAUCGUACGCCUACUCUUGCCUUGUCAAACCCCCGCACACUGCAUAGACUCGUGUAUUGCCUAAUCCUAACACGGAUCCCGCGAGCGCACAGUUCCCGUACGGCGGAGACCAAAAGGCUUCUCGGCGCUCCGCUCCGGCACAGCACAACGAACCGGCGCACGCGCCCCGCUCGCCCGCUGGACAGGGGUGGGGGGUGGGGCCGAUGAGUGCGACACGCGACCGCGGUAGGUGCCGCCGCCAGAUGGUGACCGGUGACCGGUUGUCCCCGUGACGUCAUCAUGAUACUGCUGUCAUAUCGGAGACGCCCGCGUUACCUGGGAGCCGGGUGUUUCCUUUCAGCGCUAAUCGCGUGUAGCUGUGUCCCGGAGCGAUAGCCACCUUCAAAUUGGGGACGGACGCCUGCUGAGUCCAUGUGCAUAGUCAUCGGCUCGACCAUGCACACAAUGUAUGCGAAUUCGGUUGCAUGAGUGUUUGAUAACAGUUGCCGUUCUUUCAUUUUGGGUGGGAGACGUGCUUUUAGCGGCGGCGCGUCAUUGAUGACCGCGUGCUCAGUGAUACCGCGAUUUCCAUGACCGGAGACGAUACUGCCGCUGGCCGAUGACGGCCGGGGUCCUCAUCGCGGCGGCUCCCGCCUGGCGGAAGCCACCGCGUACCGCUCCACAUCCCGGCCGUGUCGGCACAGCCGGCCGACCCCGACGCCUGGCGAACAGCGCGGGAUACUCUGUCUCGCUGUGAUGUGCCUCAGUGUUAGUCAGUUUGCUGGCUUGCCUCGUGUGGCUGCAAGCAGUGAUGAAUGAUAGCAUAAUGUUCCUGAUUAUCUCGCGGGUGGCGCUGUUUUAUUUUUAGGGCUUUAAUAAAGUAUCAGCAGUGCUAAA